CACGUCUUACCUCCCGGGAACCUGGGACAUACAAAUAUAUUCGUGUGUGCACGAAAUCCUGCAGGUUUUUAAAAGUCGCAUUUUCUUUAUGCUUAAGGAUAGAGAGUUGUGUCGGCUGGACACUCAUGUUUUCUUAGUUUAGAUUUCGGUCUGAAACGCUUCCACUACUACUACUCAACAGAGGACCGAAGUUUCUACUCCCUUGUCUGUUGCCGUGGGGCUGGCUGGUCGUCAGGAAUGUCCCAGAAGGAAAGGCCCACUUUCUACCGACAGGAGCUUAACAAAACAGUAUGGGAGGUCCCAGAACGGUAUCAGAAUUUGUCGCCUGUUGGCUCGGGUGCAUAUGGAUCCGUAUGCUCUGCGUAUGACGUGAAGACAGGCCUGAAGGUCGCGGUGAAGAAACUCUCCCGGCCGUUCCAGUCCAUCAUCCACGCCAAGAGGACGUACAGAGAGCUACGACUGCUCAAGCACAUGAAGCAUGAGAAUGUCAUUGGACUACUGGAUGUUUUUACACCUGCCACCAGCUUGGAGGAGUUUAAUGAUGUGUACCUGGUAACUCACCUAAUGGGUGCUGACCUCAACAAUAUUGUCAAAUGCCAGAAGUUAACAGAUGACCAUGUGCAGUUCCUCAUCUAUCAGAUCUUACGGGGAUUGAAGUACAUCCACUCAGCAGAUAUCAUCCACAGAGAUCUAAAGCCCAGUAACUUGGCUGUGAAUGAGGACUGUGAGCUGAAGAUCUUGGACUUUGGGCUGGCACGACAUACUGAUGACGAGAUGACUGGCUACGUAGCGACCCGGUGGUACCGCGCCCCAGAGAUCAUGCUGAACUGGAUGCACUACAACAUGACAGUGGAUAUCUGGUCUGUCGGAUGUAUCAUGGCAGAGCUUCUCACUGGACGUACUUUGUUUCCUGGAACCGACCAUAUAAACCAGCUUCAGCAGAUAAUGCGGCUGACGGGGACUCCACCAGCCUCUCUAAUAAGCAGGAUGCCCAGCCACGAGGCCAGAAACUACAUUAACUCCCUGCCACAAAUGCCUAAGAGGAAUUUUGCUGACGUGUUCAUCGGCGCAAAUCCGUUAGCUGUGGACCUGCUGGAGAAGAUGCUGGUUCUGGACACAGAUAAGCGGAUCACUGCUUCAGAGGCUCUGGCCCACCCAUAUUUUGCUCAGUACCACGACCCAGACGACGAACCAGAGGCCGAACCCUAUGACCAGAGCUUUGAGAGCCGGGAACUAGAGAUUGAGGAGUGGAAACGACUGACCUAUGAGGAGGUGCUGAGUUUUGAGCCACCUGUGUUUGAUGGAGACGAGAUGGAGUCAUGAGUUUGCAGUCAUUCCUGCGUCCUCUCCUGGCCACUGUGAGGCGCAAUCACCUCUCAGGACCUUCACACAAAACAGGAAGACAAAAAAAAAAAAAAAAAGUGACAUUGAAGUGCCAUUAUUCAAUGCUGGGCCCUGUACAUUCUCUAGGUUCAAAGUCAGAGGACUUCUUUCCCGUUUCCCCUUCUCAAACCUAUUAUGGAAUUUAUUGAGGAGAAACAUCAACUUCUGCCUUGAUUGCAGUACGG